UUCAGAUCUGCGAGGCAACCUUUCCUGCUAUCAUACAACAUUUAUGAGCCUGCAUUGUGUCAAAAAUUGUGCCAUGUCUCAAAAGGAGCUGAAAGAAGCAUUUGUCAGUAACCUCAAUGGGACCAGUUUACAGGAAGUGGUCAUUGGCUCAUUUCUCACCCCACUAUGCCUCCUCAACCGAGCACUCGUUCUGAUCCUCUACCACCAAGCCAAGGGGAAUCUACCGCUGCCGUUUCCACGGAUUUCUCACCUGUUUCUCGAUUUCAUCAUGAUGGCCCUUCCCCUUGUCCUGUCAUGCACCGUCCUGAGCAAUCAUCUUCUCCAGGUGGUUUUGAGCUUUGCCUUUGUUUUGUUAUGUGUCCUUUUUCAUAUCUAUUAUAGUAACCAUCAGUCCUCUCUUAGCACCUUCCUCAACAGUACUGUUCACUUCAAACAGGUUCCCUUUGUGACCUUUUUUAGGGUAAUGCUGAAUGUGCAAACAGCCAUUAGUAUUCUGGCCGUAGACUUUGAAGUCUUCCCAAGGCGAUAUGCUAAAACAGAAAGUUUUGGAACAGGUGUUAUGGACUUUUGUGCUGGAGGGUUCAUCAUUGGAAAUGCCCUGGUGUGCCCUGAAGCACGUGGGAAGAAUGUUUACCGAUCCAAGAUGAAACAUGUCGGCAAACAGCUCCUGUCCGUCUGGCCCCUGGUUGUUCUCGGUGCAGCACGACUUGUCUUUGUCAAAAUGAGCAACUACCAAGAGCAUGUGACUGAAUAUGGUGUCCAUUGGAAUUUUUUCUUCACGUUGGCCCUUGUCAGGGUUCUGACAUCCAUGGUUUUGGUUGUUGUACCAGCAAAACACUCAUGGAUCUUGGCCCUUGUCAUAAGUUGUGUCUAUCAGUUUGCUCUGGAUAUAACAGGCCUCAAGGCGUUUAUCAUGCACAACAAUGACAGAGAGAAGGACUUCCUGCACGCUAACAAGGAGGGCAUAUUCUCCCUGGCAGGUUAUGUUGCCAUCUACAUGGCAGGAGUCCAGGUAGGAUGUUAUGUGAUGCAGCCAAGAUCCCAUGUCAGAGAUUGGCUCAAAGCAGUUUUUAACCUUUUCAUGGGUACUCUUGCAGUAUUUGCUGCUUUAAUCACAUGCCAGAUAUUUGUAGAGCCAAUGUCUCGCCGUUUAGCUAAUCUCCCUUUCUGCCUCUGGACUGUUGCUCAAUCUCUCCUGUUUGUAUCAUGUUUUGGUUUAGUUGAAUUGAUUAUACUCUGUUUCAAAAUAACAUCAUGCUGUCACUUUGUGCCAUCAUCAUGGGAUUCAUAUUCAGGCUCACAUAAAAAGAAAGAUGACUUGGAAGGAUUUUGUCUUGUUAACGCCAUUAACAGGAAUCAGUUGUUAUAUUUCCUGCUCUCAAACAUCUUGACAGGAUUGACCAACACCUUAAUCAACACUCUUAAUUGCAGUGACGUAUUUUCUGUCUGUGUCUUGCUGUCUUAUAUGUUCACAAACUUCACUGUUAUAUAUGUUUUACACCUCUGUAAAAUCACAGUAAAAUUUUGGUAAAAAAAAAACUGUGGUCCAUGCUGUUUUUAGUUCUCCUUUUAAAUUGAAUAGAUUAAAGUACAUUUUUGUAAAAAUGGUUUCAAUUAAAACAGCAGUACUGUAUUUUACCACUAUUGUUGAAAACGCUAUGGCUCUUCCAGCCAGAGAAGCUGACUUUUACAGAAUGAAGAUGCCAUAGGAACGGUUUGGAUCAAAAUUACAUGUAACAGAUUGCCUUCUUCAAGUAAAUAUGCAUUGUGGUUCAUAAAUCUGUGUCACUUUACGUUCCCUUGUAUCUCAAUAAGUGGUGAAGAUAAGAAAACCUAAUUUAUAUUCCGGAAAGCUGAUUUUAAGUUUUUUGUAGCAAAAUUUUGAACACGAAAUUCAAAUAAAAUAAAGUUUCAUGAAUAUUUACACAAAUGUUCAAUAAGCGAGCCCUUCUGUACAUGGCAUACAUCAAAACGGAAUCCGUCAUGUCAA